CUCCUUUAGCAUCCCAAUCGAUCAAAUCCUAGCUCCUCUGGCUUCUCCUUCCUCCUCUCCGACGACGAGCGACCGACCGACCCUUGUCCUCUCCGGCGCCGAGCGACGUCCGACGCCAAGCUCCUCUCGUCCUCUCUCCUCUCCGGCGCCGAGCGACCGUCCGCAUCCUCCUCUCUCGUCUCCGGCGCCGAGCGACCGAGCCCCGAACCAGGGAGGCGAGACGAUGGAAGGCACCAGGCUUCCCCGACGAUUCAAAUAAAAUGCCUUCCUUGAUCCAUACUUCUCGUUUCGGUCUCUCCCACCGCCCUCGUGGUGGUUCUCUUCGUCGUGGCCGGAAAUACCCGGGACGGGCUCCAGGGCGUGGAUGGUCCAAGGCCAAGGGCUGUUGGUCGGCUCCACAGUCGCCGCGGCAGCGGUUGGUGAAGUUCCGGAGCCGGGUGGUGGUGAUCAUCCCCGUUCGCUUCGCCUCUUCCUCGGCAAUCCCAUGAUCCAGGAGUUUUUCAAUGCAUCGGUGCCGUUUUCUGCUCAAGCGACAUUCCCUCAUAAAUUUGCUGCCAGCAAAUUCUUGCAGCCUGGCUUAUUUGAUUUAGUGGGUACCAUAGUUUAUGAGAUUGAUCAUCGACGAUAUCAGAGUGUGUUUUAUAACGGUACCAUUGAAGUUGUGGAGACCGGAGGUUUCCUCAGCAUAGAGUCUGUCUUCCUUGUUACUCUUGGAGCUGCCUUCAUUGGCCUUUUUGGAUUGUGGGCAUAUGGUCAAAUACAACGAUUUUCAAAGAAAACCAAGAGCAUGCCUAAGGUGGAAGUAGGUACUCGAGCGGCUGAUGCUAACAUGGAUGAAUGGUUGCAGGGAACUGCAUAUGCUCAGUCACUUUCAAACAAGUCGAAGAAGAAGAAGUAGAUUUCCAUGUUCUUCAGGGUGGUUUCUAUCCUUUAAUCCAGUUUUAUAGAGCAGGAAGAUGAGAGAGAUUCUGACAACAUGGUAGUUUUCAAGGCUGUAGGUGAGAAACUUGGACACAAAUGUUAUGUCCAUGUAGCUUUAAUGUCAGCAUCUAGUGUGUUUAGUAAACUGAUUUUUUUGUGUGUACUACAAGGAAAAAAUAUUUUGGGAAAAUUCAAUUUUGGUGAAAACUGUUGUUUAUGCAUUAUGCAUUCUUAAUGGUAAAAAUGAAUUAACGUUACUUUCUUCA